AUGACGGAGUUACGUAGGGCACUCCCGUGCGUCACGGGGCGUGCCUCAAGGAGAGUGCUGGCGGGGGCCAAAUCCGAGGCUAGACUCUGUGCUCCAUGGAAGGCCGCUAGAAGGCUUCUAGAAGGCUUCUGGAACGCCGGCUGCUGGGCCACGGCCCAAUGCGCUGCGGUGGGCGGCUGCGCAGGGUUCGAAACCAGGCUAAUGCACGCCCUAGCAAAGCGUGCUCAGCCCAUCCUGCGCCCAAUCCUUGCCCUUGCCAUGCCAUCAUGCCAUGCCUCUCGGACGGCCCGACCGUGGAGUCAUGCCCUGCCCCUUUCAGCCUCCCGUCCGGCCUCGUGGAAGAGGUGGACAGAGCGCAACGGUGAUCCAGAAGGCAGGCCGCAGAUCUGGAGGGGGGAAUGGCCCCCAAAUACUCCGUACAAAAGAAGAUAA